AUGGGACACUACGUGAUCAUUGGCGGCGGUGGAUACCUCGGAGCAAAUGUCAUCCGAGCUCUUCAAAAGAAUGGCUACCAAGAACGGAUAAUUGUUGUAGAUCCAACUCCGAUGGAGUUCCCAACUGUGCAAUUCAGCAGGCAACUUGUAGACGUUGUCGAGAAGUCAUUUCUCGAUCCUCAAGUUCUACAAGAAGUUUUGCAAGGAGCAGAAACUGUGAUUCAUUUGGCAGCCGUCGGACACAUGGGAAUGGUUGCUUGUGACCGAAAAUUUGUGUUCGAGUUCAAUGUUAAUGGAACCAUAAAGCUGGUAGAAGCAUGCAAGAGACAUGGAGUCUCUCGUUUUCUCUAUGCUUCAAGUGUUGCCGUGGCGUUCGUUGGCGUGCCACUUCUCAACGCUUCCGAAGAUGACCCACUUCCAAAUCCAAAGUUGUACCUCGAUUACUAUUCCGCAUCAAAAGCUGAAGCGGAAAAAUAUGUUCUAUCCCAAUCGACGCCUACCUUCAAAACUGUUGCCCUCCGUUUUCGUGGGAUUUAUGGAGCGGAGGAUCCCAACGUAACGAGAAAAGUUGCGGACCUCAUCAGAAAGAGACUAUUCCUUGCGAGAGUCUCGAUUCAUGAUAGAGAGUCUAACUCGAUGGCUAGCAGUGCUGCAAACUGUGCUAAAGCUUUUGCUCUAGCUGACCACAUGCUGAAGAAAACGGAUGGCAUCCACGCACAGUCGUAUUACAUUAUGGACCAAGAAAUCACUGGUCAAUAUGAGUUUUGGACUCCACUUGUCCAUGCUCUUGGACGCACACCGCCUUCCAUAUUCUUAAAAAACUACAAAGUUGCCAAAGCUGUAGUUUAUGUCCAACAACUAUUCUGCUAUCACGUGCUCGGAUUCGCACCAAUACUCACGAUGUUUGAAUUGGCUAUUCUUGCCAUGGAUAAUACUUAUUCCAUUGAAAAAGCUCGCCGUGAGCUUGGAUAUGAACCGGAACCAAACUCUAUGGCAGAAGUAGCUGCACAUUACCGAAUGUUGGCGACGAGAGAAAUGUCAAAGUGGAAUUGGAUAAUUGGGACCAUAUCAAUUGCCGCGUUUGCAAUGAUUGUCAUUUCCCUAAUGUCUUUCUUUUGA